GUACAAUACACCACGCGUACGCCGGGACGGGACCCAAGCCGUCAACCACUAACCUGCCCCAUCCUGCCGGGUACUUCCCUCUACCUCCCCAGCCAACACCAACACCAGAGAUUCCCAAGGCAUAGGUCCUUGAUUCUUUUUUUGACCUCUUGCUGGCAGUCUAUUUCUGGUAUUGCCCCAGGCAGGUGUCAUGUCCGUUUCAAGCUCUCAUCAGUUCGGAGCAAUCUCUCCCUCUACUCUACUCUCCUCUCCCUCCUAUCAAGCCUCCCCCGGGUCCCCAUGAAGCAACCCAAGUCCCGUGUUUACAAGGCGAGUGGACUGCCGGCGACAUGGGGCCAUAGGAUCUGGCCGUAUUUGUUUCUCUUCUUUUCCCCGUCUGUGAGCUGUGCUCAGUCAACAUCAUCUGAUCAGGCGAUUCUUGUCUCCUUGGUUUCCUACCGUUCACUUCAACCGCUGGUCGGGGUCCCUGGUCGCUUUAUACUGCUUGUUUAUCCCUUGGACACUCGCUGCCUGCUCUCUCCAGAAUGGUCAGGUGAUGGUGAAAUCAGCUUCGGAGGUAGGCAGGACGUGUCGAGCCUGGUCACGGCUCUCGAGGGCGCUUCGCUUAACGCAGCCGCAGGCGCGGCCAGCGCGGCCAACGCGGCCAGCACAGCCAGUGAUGGCGCGGCGGAGGGUGGCACCAGCAGCACAGCGGCUGUCUCCAGCAAACCGCUUCCUCUACCGUUGUACCGCUAAGAAGGCAUCCGUAGGUAACACAAACACGGGUCUGGCGCUCACUGCGCAGGUCAGUUAUUGCCCGGGCAUCCUCACCAAGAACGCUCUCAGGUUAAGGGAUGACGACGACGGUGAUGUCGAUGUUGACGAUGAUAUGAUUGACGUGGAUGACGACGGAGAGGAUGACGAGUGAGGUCGGUUGAGCGGUGGAGUGAACGUUGAUUGGGGUCGUGCGGAUGUUGAUGGGGACCGGCGAGGGAGAGAUCUAUUCUGCUUUGGAUCUGGAUCGCUCUUGAUCUGGCGUCUGGGCCUCUGCAGUUGACCUGAUCUGAUGAAUUAGGUUUCCGGGCGGGGUGCGGGUAUGUGGAUGGAGUUCAGAGAACCGGAUCAGACCGAAGGCGGGAGACGAAGAGUCAAGAAGAAAGCUCAGAGAGGGUAAGGAGCGUGUCCGAAGGGUAUUGUUCAGAUUGUGUAUGUAUACGCUAGGGACCAGAGU